ACAGUAGAUAAGAUCAGAGUUAGUACCCUAUGCAGGCCGUCGCUGUCGGGUUCGUGAAGAAGGCGGUGACAGAUAGCAGGGCAAGAGGGCGGCAGGUGUCGCGGCUGGAGGAGUCCAUCAAGAGUUUGGAGGAGGAGAAGCGUAAGAUCGAAGCUUUCAAGCGCGAGCUCCCUCUCUGCAUGCGUCUCGUCUACGAGGUGAUCGAGGAGUUGAAGAGGGAGAUCGAUCGGUUCCGCGCCGAGGGUUUCGGGCCUGUGUUCCAGGAAUUCACGCCGAUUAAGGGCAAAAUCAACGAGAGUAGCUCGGAUUUCAGAGAUAAGAAGAACUGGAUGAGCUCGUUCCAACUCUGGAUCUGCGAGGAAAGUAAAGAUACCAAAAACAUGACAAGAUGAACUUUAAAGAGAAAUCAGUAUGUUAUUCUCGGAACGGCGGAGAUGCGUCCCUGCCUGCCGGUAUUGGAACUAUACAGCUUCAAGGCGGAAGAUGAGACUGCCGCUGUGUUGUCUGACCUCUCUCUGUGCUCUACCGCGAUCACUCAUGGCUUUGUGACUCAGGCCAUCAAUAAUCUUCCAGUUGGCGGCGCCUGGCACACACUGUGGCUUGCAUUCGCAACAGAAGCAGCCUAGGAAGAUGAGGAGGUGCUGGUCUCAGGAUCUGCAUCGGUGGUUUGUGCUCGUGAUCCCUCCGGUGCUCAUGGUAAGACCUCGGUUGAAUCAAUUGCUAGGAUAACUCCUCCAGGUUGAUGUUUAGUCUCACAUCUAAAUUUCCUCAUUCUUUGAUCAAUAUACAAUAUAACUAUACGACACAUAAACCACAGCUCAUGGGAUGAAGUGAUAGGAUUUUAGGGUUCAGGAAAAUUCCCGGGUCAUCUACCGCAGUGAUGCGGUUGUGUAAUUAUGGUCCAUUAAGUCUGAUUGUAUCCUAUUCUUAGAGGGCUAAAACACAUGUGGAGCCUUUCAAUCA